GGGCUCCCGGGGCCGCCCCCGCGGGGAGGAGCAGCGGGCGCCCCGCCGCCGCAGCCGGGGCUGCACCGCCGCCGGGCCGGCCAUGGAGGCGGCGCGGGACUGCCUGGGGUCGCUGGUGCGAUCUUUGGUAUCCAUGGGAGCAUCUAUGGGAGCAGUAACAAAACAGACCCUGUUCCCUCCUCUCAUGCCUGCUGGGCGACCUUUCCGUGUGUCAAACGCCUCCCGAAGCAGCCGGAAAGGAAUUGUUGCAAGCAGUCUGCAAGAGCUCAUCAGCAAGACUUUAGAUGCUUUCCUUAUAUCUGCUGGAAUAGUUACUCUGGUUUUGGAGGAAGAUGGCACGGUUGUGGACACAGAAGAGUUCUUCAGGUCCCUGGAUGAUAAUACACACUUCAUGGUUCUAGAAAAAGGACAGAAGUGGACACAAACAAGAAACGGAGUGGCCACUGUGAGACAAAAGAAGAAAAUGGGAGUAGCUAACAUCACAUUUGAUCUGUACAAGCUGAACCCUAAGGAUUUUAUUGGCUGCUUAAACAUCAAGGCGACCUUCUAUGAGAUUUACUCUGUCUCAUAUGACAUCAAAUGUAUGGGAGCAAAAAGCGUAUUGCGGAAGGUGCUUCAGCUAAUGUCCCAUGCAGCACAGAUAACUGGACAGUUUCUCCUCUGUACUGGAACGUAUAUGUUGCAGUUGAUGGGUGAAUAUGAUGAAGAUGACACGUGUACAAGAUCAAGGCGGGAGUAGUGAACACAGCUGCACUUCUGAUGUCGGAUCCUUUUGCUUAAAGACAUUCUCUUGCCCAAUUUUGAUUGUAAUGAUGUUAUAGUAGGGGGAUGUCCACUGACGCGAACUAACAUUUUUCCCAUUUGGGAAUGCUUUGUAGGCCUUAGUCAUAAAAUAAGUGUUUUGUGUUCACAGGCUCGUAACGGAGCAAAAGGGUGGGUGCCUAAAGUCUGAAAAUUUGGCAAAAGGAGAGAGGAUUUUGUCCCAGCAACUCAAAAUGGAGAAUAAGUAUACUUGGAAACUUGCACGCUUUGUAACCAGUGGGAUAUUUCUUGCACUGAUCAGAACAUAGUUUGGUUGGGGUUUUUUUAUGACUGUCUGCUUGCCUUCUGAACAGACUGGGCUGUCAGGUAGGGGUAGGGGAGUUGUGGGGUUUGGGUUUUUUUAAUCAUUAACAGUGCUGGUAUUAGUGUCCCAACUGGCAUUGAGGUGUGAAAGGGUGAAGUGUGCUUAUUUAUUUCUGCUACCAAUGGAAAUACACAGUACAACUGAAUCCUGAUUUGGUGACUGACCACUCUCAUGAAGUCUAAUUGGAGAAAGUGCGACUACUAAGCAGAAGCUUAAAAUUUAGCCUUACUUCCCUUAAAACAAGUAAAAACAUCUCACUUUAACUCUAUAUUUUUCUUCAAAUCUACAGAAAGUUCAGGUUAGUGUAGUUCAUACCAGCUGAAGAAACUGAUAGAUUUCUUUAAUGGGUCUGAUGUCCAUUUCUGCCUGAAGUAUUGGAUAAUUUGCUGUAGUUUCAUGAAUAGGGCUUACAAGCAACCUGCUGAAGCUUCCUUCAGGGGUUAAACCAUCACUAAUGCAGUUUUUACUGUUCAGUUGCAAGAUGACACUACAUCUCAAGCUGUACUUGAGGUAGAUGUAGCAUGGAUCUGUAAGAGAUGCUGGAUUUGGAUGCCCCUGUAUUUAGGGGAGAGAAGCAGGACACUAUCUGGUCUUGUGUAACCAUACAUAUGCUCUAAAGUGGAUAUUUAUAGUUUUAUAGUCUCCCAAGGCAAGCUGUAUUAAAGGGCAGAAUUUAUAAUCCUUAGGUAGAAUUGCCCACAAAGUUUUCUACAGUUUAGUGAACUGCUAGUAUGACCAGCUUCCAGCAAGCUUUUUCUCAGCAGUGUGGAAAACGAGCAGUGUUAGACAUCUUGUGUCAAAAUGCAAACUCGCAUUGCUGAAGGGGAAAAAGCCCAACUUCUGUCAUUCAUAGGUGUGGCUUUUGAGGUUUUAAUUUGCUUGUUCGUGAAUAAUUUUAUUAAGUUGUUAUACUAUUGCUUAAGACUGAAAGCUGUUAAGGAGACAGCAGAUACAGGUAAUGUGUCUGAUCUUGACAGCAGGUGCCACCUAGGAAACAAAGCUCUGGUGACAGCGUGAACAAGUGGGGCAGGGGAAGAAAACAGUGGGAGCAAAAGGCAAAAGGAUCACUGUGGACCCCACAUAGUGUGCCAUGCCUCUGCUGAGACAGGAAUCUAUUAACUAUGUGCAUCAACUGCACUGAUUAGUUGGAGGAAAACUUAAUCUGCUAAAAGAGGAGCAGGUGAACUGAAAAGACCAAGUAUCAUGGCCGGUGGGAUCCAUUGUGACCUGUUGGCUGGGUCUGUUCACUUCAAAUGUCACUAAUAUGUGGGAAUAUUGCUCUUGCUUUUUUCUGCAGCUUUCACCUUUGUGUGCUUAUUUUUACCUUCCCUUUAUGGAUGUGACUUAGUCAGCUGGAGCUGCAACUUUCAAAUCACUGUUGUGAUGAAAAGCAGCCUAAUCCAAGUGUUAAAGGGACUGAUGGACACAAGCUCACUUGAUCUCCACCUCUUUCUUCAGUAAAGGAACUACAAAUAAAUAGACAGCUAAGAAAAACCUUGGUUUUUUUCCUGAUUUCUGUUGUUUCCCAUCUACUACUGAAUGUUUGCUGAAGCGGGUGUGGGCAUGCAGCUCUGGGCAAGGGGAGUACUGGUUCUUUCCUGAUUUCUCCCAGGGAAGAAUGCCUGUAACUUGCAACACUGAGGUUUCCUUCAGAAGAAAACAAACUAUUCUGUGAGCAAUUAGGAAGAGGUUAUGUUAAAUGGAAGCAUCUCUUUUGUUUUCACCUCUACUCCCCCUGCCCCAAGUAAUUGUUGCCAUGAUAAUUGUUGACCAAAGUCUUUCUACCCCUAUCAAGGAAUUUCAUUUAACUGAUGCAGUGCAAGGACUUUAUCAUUAAUUCUUUCAGCUUUUAAGGACCACUUAUUCUAUUAAAACAAACACAUCUCUAGAAAGCAAACUCUAUGUAAUGCUCCUGAGAAUAUUUGUUGCUAAUGAUGGGAGCACCAACAUAUAAGAACAAAACAAAUAACCCAAUAAACCAAUUUGCAUAGUUCAAUAUUGCAUUAAUUUGUGUGAAAUGCCUCUUUAGCAUCUGUAAUGCAAAAGCUUUUUUGCAAGUCUGGACUGUGCAGAUCUCAAAUUCCAGCUUUCUAUAGCCAGAGGCAAUAGUUACAGAAGUAACACUCCAUAGUUGCCAAUGGUACUAUCUUAGAACUUAACGUGAUCUAAAAGGCUAACUCGGUAUGAAUUUGCAGUGUUUUUAGGCAGCUGCUGUUUUGGCAGCUUAACACUUAAAACUUGAGCUGCUGAAGGUCGUGUGAGCUGCAAAGUCUCCAUCUCAGAGCAUGUCCCCCCUCUAAUUCAAAAUGCAAACAGCUGAACAAAGUGACUCAGCUUUGAUAUUUCCUCAAAAUGGGAGAAGUGUCUUUGAAUGUUAUGUCUGAAAUUUUCAUUGCUUCUGAAUCUGGGUUUUGCCACAGGCUUAGGAUUUGGGGAAUGAUAGUUGCUACUGUACCAGCUUCUUUCCAGAGAUAAAGUUUUGGCUUUGGGUCAAACUGAGGGAGUUUGUAAUUCUCUGAGUUGGAGCUAGUUUGGGGGUUUUUUUGGCUCUGGGGUUUUUUUGUUUGUUUGUUUGGGGUUUGUUUUUUUUUUUUUUUACAGGCUGCUUAGGAGGCAUAGCUUUUACUUCAGCUGUAUGAGGUACACAGCAAAGAACAACUUCAGCAUUAUCUAGCUUUCAGAAAAUUAUAUACAAGUGGUGUACAGUAUCUAGCAAGAGACAGAAAAACUAAAAGCACAGGCUCUUAACUGCUGGUAUGUAGAGAAGCAGCUAGCUUUCCUAUUUGACAUUUAGCUUUAAUUUUUCUUUCCAUAAGGUCAGUUAAUCUGCAUUUGUUACUGUUGCAGUCAAGGCUAGUAGCACUGACAUGUCCAAGGUGCGAAACGUGUUUCCUGCCUCCUUGCUUGUACUGGCCCUUUUUGCCUGUUGCUUUGCAUCACUUGCUAACAAUGCACCAAGUCAUACUCUCUAGUUACCAAAAAAGGAAUUUUCACUGAAGUACUCAAUCUUGUUGACUCAGGCACUGUUCACGUUCUGGACGCAAAACAAAGUUGCUCUCUUCAUGACUAGAAUGAAGGAUCUAGUAGCUUUUUUGUGUGUGUGAUUUAUCAUUACUUCAUUUCCUUCCUUUCAUAAACCCAUGAAGCUGUUGCUUUCUUGUACCUUCCUGUUCUUUCGGGAGAAAUAGGAUUCCAAGCUAUUCUGUCCAGGGGGAGAGGAAAAGGCAGGGUCUAAAUUCCUUAGACCGUUUGGAAUAUGCUCUAGGAAACAUCCUGAAUCCCUUCCCUACAGAGAAGGGAAGAGUAAAGAAAGAAAAAGAGGACUUUGGGCUGGAAGUUUUUGCAGUACAGUGCGUAGAGAGGUAGGUCUUAACAAUUUAGGAAAUGUCAGUAAUUUUGAAUAUUAACUGUGAAGAUAACUAUAUAUGAUAAUUUGUAACUGGCUAGAAUUAUAACUCUAAAUCAUUUCAGCAUGCUUCUUCCUCAGAUAGCACUUGAGCUAAAGACACAAGCUUCUUUAAUUAAAAACUAAAGAAAUGUACCAAAGUACAUUUUUCACUUGAUGCCUCAAGUUUUACUGAAGGCAUUAAUAUGAUUAACAUACCACUUCAGUUAUGUACUAGUAAGCAUCCUUGUGGGGUUUAGCAUUUAUCACUGCUCACUCUACCUUCUCAUAUAUGCAGUUAUUUAUAAACAUGAGCAUUGAUAUUUUACUAAGGGAGAAGAUAGUAUUUUACCACCUUACAACUUUAAGCUCAGUAGUUUAACUUCCUAUGAAAAUUGAGAUGGGUGAGAAUUAUGUAUCAGUGAUGGCAAUAUUUUCUGAUGGUGGUGCAAAUUUUAAGGAACACUGUCUAUGAAUAAAUAAAUUCAAAUUGUG